AUGGAGGGAAGUGAGGACACCGAGUGCUCCAAGACAUGCCCUUCUUCUGGGAAAGAUGAGGUGGACGAGAACGACGGUGAUAAACAGAAAGACGGAGGAAGCUCAAGCAACAGCACAGUUGAAGAGAAUGAGAACAAGCCCUCUGUGAGGCCUUAUGUCCGAUCCAAGAUGCCUAGACUCCGUUGGACACCUGAUCUUCAUCUCCGCUUCGUUCAUGCAGUGGAGAGACUUGGUGGACAAGAGAGAGCGACACCUAAAUUAGUUCUUCAAUUGAUGAAUAUUAAAGGGCUAAACAUUGCUCAUGUCAAGAGUCAUUUGCAGAUGUAUAGAAGCAAGAAGAUCGAUGACCCCAGUCAAGGGGUAACAGAUCAUAGCCAUCUUUGGGAAGGUGUGGAUCGAAAUAUUUUCAACUUGGGCCAAAUUCCCAUGCUUCCAGGUCUUCAUCAAAACCGGAAGUCCACCUUCAGGUACGGAGAUGCGUCUUGGAAUGGCCUAGAGAAUUCGAUGCAAAUGUCCGCGAUGAGACAGAGUACUAACAAGAAGAGGCCAGGGUUUUAUGAUACAUGGACUGGAAGGAUCGUUGGCUCAAGGAAUAAUGAAGUUUAUUCCGGGUUCCGGAAUUCAAAUCAACUAUGGUCUUGGCAAACUCAUGAAUUACAAUCCAAAAUGCAAUCACUUCCCCAACAAGAAUACUGGCAAGAUCAGUUAAAAUCCUCAAUUCAGGUGCAAUUAAAAGUUCAAGACUUCAGCUCAUGCAGAAGUAAUAUUCCGGGCGUAGGCAGAAGUAUGAUUCAGAAAAAGCGACCAGGAGUGAAGAGGAAGGCAUCAGAUUGCAACAUCCACUUGAAUCUAUCCCUUGGUCUAGGGCCGAUUGGCGAUGGCCACCAGGAGGACAGUUUGGAGGAGGAUGACGGCCAUUUAUCGUUGUCGUUGUGCUCACCAUCUUCCUCCAAGAUUACAAGGUUGAUAGAUGAUGCUAGUAAAGAGAAUGCAAGUGGGGCAAGUACUCUGGAUCUGACUCUAUGA